UUUAAAAUUAAAUUUCCGCCACUUAGUGGUGACCGCGCUUUUUCACGACAAUUCCGAGCAAUUGAAGCCACUUUUCCCAUUAAAUCGGCGUUAAGAUCGAGCGAGGCGCGCCAGCACCUUCGAGUCGAGAUGGCGAGCCAAAGCCAAGGCAUCCAGCAGCUCCUGGUGGCCGAGAAAAGGGCCGCCGAAAAGGUCGCAGAAGCCCGAAAACGUAAAGCCAGAAGAAUUAAACAGGCCAGAGACGAGGCCGCAUCCGAAAUUGAGCAGUACAGAAAGGAACGAGAAAGACAGUUCCGAGAGUACGAGACCAAGUACAUGGGCUCCAAAGAGGACGCGAUCGCCAAAAUCGACAAACAAACCGAAUCCCUCUUGCAGGAUUUGGACCAAAGCGUCCAACAAAACCAAGAAGGGGUAAUUUUGGAUCUUAUCAGUUUGGUUAUCGACGUGGAACCCGAGGUACAUCGCAAUUACUUCAUCAUGAAAAAAUUUAACAAAAUUUGA